AUGCACGCGUGUCGGUCAAGCUUGUUAUUCCUUAGUCUCUGUUGCAAAUGUGGGGCCUCGAUUCGUUCGAAUCCUACGAAUAUGUGUGAGGCCUGCCUCGCGUCAGAAUGCGAUAUCACUGCGAGCAUUCCAAAGCAGCACACUGUUACUUUCUGUCCAAAGUGCAAUAGGUUUCUUAAUCCACCUUCGCAAUGGGUACCAGCAGCUUUUGAAUCACCAGAACUACUCUCUAUUUGCCUUAAAAGAGUUAAGUGUCUUGGAAAGGCUUACAAGCUGAAAGAGGCCUCUUUCAUGUAUACUGAACCUCACUCAAGGAGGCUUACCGUUCAGAUUAUAAUCAGGGGCGAGGUUGGAGCUGAUACGGUGGUGGAACAAAAGGCUUUUUUAUACUACACCAUGCAUCCUCAACAAUGCCCUGACUGCACAAGGCAUGAGGCGAAGGACCACUGGAACGCUUGCGUGCAAAUCAGACAAAAGGUCGACCAUAAGCGAACACUUCAUCAUCUGGAACAGCUUCUCUUACGCCGGAGUGCUCCUCGAAAGUACAACAACAUUAAAUCUGUGAAAGGUAAGUUUAUUUUUCUCUUAGCUGUUUACAGCUUGUUCGUAAUUUUUGUAAUUGGUUAUGUUUUCUCCACUGUUUAG